AUGGAACCCAUCGUCUCCACCUCCUGCGCCUACAUAUCUUUAUGUUACGCAAUCUUCUACAUGACCUUUGAAGCCUACCCCUUCAUCUUCAUCGACCUGUACGGCCUCUCCCCCGGCGAAUGCGGCCUCACUUACCUCGCCAUCGGCGUCGGCUGCUUAAUUGCCCUACCGAUAUUCAUGACAUGGGACUCGAUCCUCACGCGCGCCCGCAGCCGAAACGCACCCUGGACAAAGCAGGAAGAAUACCGUCGCCUGCCUUUAGCUUGCCUAGGCGGCCCCAUGUUUGUGAUAAGUCUCUUCUGGCUCGGCUUCACUUCGCGCUCCUCAAUUUCCUUCUGGGUGCCCAUGUUAUCCGGGAUCCCCUUUGGCAUGGGCUUCAUGUGCGUUUUCCAGGCCCUUCUCAACUACCUGACAGACGCGUACGAGAUUUUCGCGGCGUCAGCCAACGCCGCUGCUUCUUGCUCGCGGUCCCUGCUGGCGACGGUGCUGCCGCUGGCUACGGCGCCCAUGUUCCACCGUCUGGGAAUCGCGGGCGCGUGUUCCCUGUUGGGAGCGAUGAGUCUGAUCAUGACGCUUAUGCCGUUUAUCUUUUUGUGGCAGGGGGAGAAGAUUCGCAGGGGAAGCAGGUUUUGUUUGUUGCUGAGGGAGCGGAGGGAGGAGAUGGAGAGGAGGAUCGAGGAGCAGAGACGGAGGAGGACGGGAGUGACUAGUGGUGUUAGUGGGUUUCGGUUCUCGGCGUAUGGAGCGGGUCAGGCGAGGACGGAGACGAGAGGGGAGGGUAAGGUUGUUACAGCGAUGGGGGGUAUUGAGGAGGAGAUGGGUAGGGAGGACGGGAAUGAGAAGCGGAUGAAGAUGGAGGACAUGGAAAAAGGGGAGAUGGAGAAGGGCAAAGAGAUGGAGAAGAAGAGCUCGAGCUACAACUCAAGCCACAGUGAGGGAGACCGCCAGGCUGAUGUUCCGCAUCCAAAUGGCGAUACCGGCGAUAUGGCGAAUCACCCUGAAGGCCCGGAUUACGGAGCCGAUGAGGUCGGCGAGUCAUCCUUCAGUCACCACCAUGACCAUGACCAUGACCGCCAUAAUGAUCCUCAUCCGCCUGGUUCAAGAAGUGGUUCGUCGGCUACCGUGGCUGUUGGUCCGCCUACAUGUAGCAAGACCAGCGGUGCGCACGAUGUGGGAGCAGCGAGUAGGAUGGAGAUGGGACUGGUUGAGACGAGGAAGGAAGGAUGA